AUGCUCCCAGUUCUCCUUAACACUAUUAUUAACCCUCUUAUACUCUUUAUCUUUAUUAUACUAGCCGUUGCCCUCCUGACACUCCUGGAACGAAAGGUGUUAGGAUAUAUGCAACUUCGAAAAGGCCCAAAUGUAGUAGGCCCUUACGGCCUUCUCCAGCCAUUCGCCGAUGGUGUGAAGCUACUAACAAAAGAGCCAAUCCGCCCCUCCACCGCAUCUCCCCUUUUGUUUCUAUUUACACCCAUCUUAGCCUUCACCCUAGCCCUGACGCUGUGGGCCCCUCUACCACUUCCUUCCCCUUUAGCAGAUCUUAACCUAGGAAUUCUAUUUAUUCUUGCCCUGUCAAGCCUAACUGUUUAUUCCAUUUUAGGCUCAGGGUGAGCAUCAAAUUCAAAAUAUGCCCUAAUUGGAGCCUUACGCGCCGUAGCCCAAACCAUCUCCUACGAAGUAAGCCUGGGCCUAAUCUUACUCAGCACAGUUCUUUUGGCCGGGGGUUUCACCCUACAAACAUUUAACACCGCACAAGAGCAAGUAUGACUAAUUUUCCCUGCACUACCCUUAGCCACCAUGUGAUACGUCUCUACCCUGGCCGAGACAAACCGGGCCCCCUUUGAUUUAACUGAGGGAGAGUCCGAACUAGUCUCAGGCUUCAACGUAGAAUAUGCAGGAGGCCCAUUUGCUCUCUUUUUCUUAGCCGAGUACGCCAACAUUAUCUUGAUAAACACCCUCUCUGCCUCUAUUUUUCUAGGAACCCCUUUUAAUCAUUCACUUCCAGAAUUAACCUCUCUAGCCAUUAUAGUAAAAACUGCACUCCUUGUAGCAAUUUUCCUCUGGGUCCGAGCCUCUUACCCACGAUUCCGGUACGACCAGCUCAUACAUCUAACCUGAAAAAACUUCCUACCUACCACCCUCGCCCUUGUAAUCUGACAUCUCUCCUUACCUCUAGCUUUCUCAAGCUUUCCCCCUCAAAUUUAA